GGAGACGCCGGUCGUGAAUUGUAGUCGGACGUUAACUGCCUGCUAGCUGCCAGGAGAUGAGACACGCAGCCGACGGAUAAAAGGCUGCAUCAAACAAUUGACAGGCGGUUAUUGAUAGAUUGAUGCCAUCGAUACCCCGGUGAACGCUGCUUUUGGCCAUGGAGUAUCCGGUUCUCACAGGUGCCGUGGCCUUGCUGGCCUUUAUCUGUUUGAUUACGUUGGCAAUGUUCUGGCCGGGCAAGACAGAUAUCCAGGCACAAGCGAGACAGCCAUACCAUCCAGUCCAUCUUCUGGUUGUCCUAGGCAGCGGAGGACAUACGGAGGAGAUGCUCUCCAUGCUCAGACAUGCAGAGCUUGACCCAGCGGUGUAUAUCAGACGUACGUACAUCGUGAGCUCUGGAGACGCCUUCAGCGCGAGGAAAGCCGUCGAGUAUGAGAAAAACCUUGAAACCAGUGGAGAAACGAGCCAGGAUGAGAGUAAAAGCAGCAACUAUACCAUCAUUACUGUCCCUCGCGCAAGGAGGGUCCAUCAAUCUUUCCUGACUGCGCCGUUGACUACGCUGCAAUGCUUCGGAUUCUGCAUGCUGAUGCUUAUGGGCAGACAUCCCGAUCAACUCAUCCUCACCGCUCAAUCAAGUUCUUCAAGCUCCCCUUGCCCCGGAUAUCCUGACAUCAUUCUUACCAACGGGCCUGGCACGGGAGUCUGCGUGGUCGUGGCCGCCCGACUUCUCCGCCUGUUCGACCCGCUGGUAUGCCGCAUCCUGCCCCAGGCCAGAUCAGAUAUCUCUUCCACGUCCAAGGCUAGUACCUACUCUGGCCCCGAGUCCCGUUCCCACUCCGGGCCUCGAGAUCAACGCCGUGGAACCAGACGAUAUCUACGGACGAUAUUUAUCGAGUCCUGGGCUCGCGUGACUACCGUGAGUUUGUCGGGAAAGAUCCUUUUCCCUCUCGUCGACCGGUUCCUGGUGCAGUGGGAAGGCCUAGCUGGUUACUCAGGGUGGUUUGGAUUUGGAAGAAAGGCCGAAUAUGUUGGGACGUUGCUGAGCUAGGCGACGCAAGCCAAAAAUGGGGUGGGGGAGUCACUACAUAUACAUAAUACAUGAGAAGGAACCAUACAUAUACGAGAUGCCGCCUAUCUCUUAUGGGUUAUAUGUUAUUGCCGGCCGGCAAUUGAUGUUUCAGUUGG